CGCGACAAGGCAAAAAUGGAAAAACCUAGAAGAGAUUUCCAUCUUGAAUUAUUCUAAAACUACAGCUUCAAGUCUUCAGGGUUUUGGAGCCGCUCGGGAUAUAAAAUAUGGGACUUUAUCUUCCACCUAACCCCUUAACGAAAGAUAAAGCUGGUGUAUGGACUAGAGAAAAAGGAGAUGGUUUUAACACUUCAAAUUUAACUGAAAAGCUCUCAGGUAGUGACUUCUCUUCAACGUCUGAUACAGCUAACAUAACUUUGUCCAGCGAAAUACUAGUGAGAUCUCUUUUUACUAAAUGUUCAUUCAGCCAGUUGAAACGCGGAUCAACUCAAGAUCCAUCAAGUCUUUACGAAGUUGAUGUAUCGUUUUUGGGGUUGGAAGACUUGCAACCUGAUUUGCACCUACAGUUUACCUCUCUGAGAAAACUGACUGCUUCUGAUAACACCCUUUCUUUAGGUAUUUUUGGCAUCGGUAUGUGUGAUUUCGUAGAAUCAUUUAGGCAAUUCAAUGAGUUGAUGGAAUUGGAUCUUUCUUUGAACCAGAUUAGCUCACUUCCGAAUUACGCACAUGGGUUCAACAGUUUGAAUUGUCUUAAUUUGUCAUAUAAUUUUCUUCAACCUAUGGAUAUUGAAAAACUUGGUUACCUGCCAUCUUUACGGAUUUUAUAUUUGUGUGGAAAUGAUCUUCGUAGAUUACCACCGGACUUGGCAGAAACAGGUUCAGAUUCUAACGGGCAUAUUGUAUUCAAAUUUGCGAAAUUGGAAAUUCUCUAUUUAGAUGACAAUAAACUUUCGGAUGCACAAGAUUUCGCCAGUUUAGCUACUCUUCCAAGAUUGACAUAUUUAAAUUUAGCCAAUAACAGAUUUACUACUGUACCACUAUUAAAAUCUAUAUCUUUAAAAAAACAUCAGAAUAUCAAACUUCAACAUGAGUCUACAAUCGAAAAUGCAUCAUGUUUUUUUAAACCUUCAACUAAUUUCAUCAAUGAAACUAUACAAUCAAAUAAUUUGUUGGUUAGCUUUAAUCAACAGUCUAAAAAUAAUGAGAGUUUAAUGAUCAGUGGAAAUUGCCUGAAAGCUCCUCCAUCUCAUCAUAAAUUCGAUGGUGAUAAUCCUUCUGAUUUAAACAAUAAACAAUUAGCCAAUAAUCGACCUGGGAUGACAAUAAACAGACGGACUUUGGGAAAACCAAAUCAUUUAUCUUCUCUAAGAAGGAAAAAGUUUCACAAGCAACAAAAACAACAACGAUAUACAACAAAUCAUUCUUUAUCAAUGGAAGAAUAUCGAAAUCCAAAUGCUCCACGUAUACGUAUAGUAAAUGAAUUUGUUAGUUUACAUAAUUUAAAAAAAUUAUUUCCUUUAAUUCAUAAGAAACAAACAAAAUCUAAUCAUCAUAUUGAUUGUAAUAAAUUGAAUCAAUCAAAUACUGAUUUACUAUUAACACCUAGAGAAAAAAAUCCUAUCCUACCUAGCCAAACUUUUACAACAGAUGAGCCUGUUUUAUUAGACAUUGAACAAAAAUGUGAUAUUUCAAUGAAUAAUAGUUAUGUACCGCCGCCACCACCACCAUUUCAAUCUCUUCAAUGUAUUGAUUUAUCUCAUAAUAAAAUAUCUUGUGAAGAACAUUUAUUACCAAUAGCUGUAUGGCCAAAAUUGAAAGAAUGUUUAGUUUAUGCUAAUCCUGUCAUAAGUAGAUCAUCUAAAACUCCUCCAUUACUUGAACGUUUACUAAUACAACAAUUAGGCAUUCAUUUACAUCGUCAUCCAAUAGAGAAUUCUAGCUUAUUUGAUAUUAAAAACACGAAUCUAUUAUUGAAAAACAAUGAAUUGCAACAUUUAUCAUUUACUACAUAUGGACAAAAUAUUCAAAAGAAUGAAAUCAAUACUACUGAUAAUAAUAAUAAUAUUAGUAGUAUUAGUAGUAGUAGUAUGAUGCAUAGUAGAAUAUCUUCGAAUACAAAUAUUUCCAAAUGUAAUAACAAGAAACCAAUUGUUAUUCGAUAUGAAUUGGACAAAUCAAGUUUAGAUGUAGGUCCAAAAAUGGCCAAAUGUAACGUUGAGCAAAUGUUAAAGCAGAUAAAAAUGUCAAAUCAAACAAAUUCAUUGGAUUCAUCAAAAUCAUCAUCAUCAUCAUCACCAUCAUCAUCAAAUAGAAAACCUGUUCAAUUGUCAAAUUUACCGAAUUCAUCAACUUUCAAUAAUUCAAUGUUCAAUAAUAAUUCACGUCGAAUUCCACAUUCAUCACAAUCACUUUCUUCUAUUGAACGAGAUAAAACGUUCAUUAGAAAUGAUUCAAAAAAAUCCGAUCAAAAUUUAUCGGAAUUAUUAGCAGAUCUUCAAUGUAAUGAACAAAUUGAUGAAGUAGAAGUAGAAGAAGAUGAUGAGGAGGAAGAUAUGAAUAAUUUUUUCACAACUCAAUUAUCAUCAGUAAAUGCAACAGAAUAUCAUACUUCGAAAAAAUUGAAUCAUUCAAAUCAGUUCGACCAACGAAAUACUACUACUGAAAAUGAUAAUAAUAAUAACAGUAAUAAUAAUGACAGUCAAUCAAGUGAACAAGAUGAGGAUAAAACACUCAUGAACUGUCCCAUCAAUCCAGGAGCAUUAUCAUCGAAUUUAGAAUGGAGUGUUGAUGAAAAAACUUUUCCAGACAGUAUGCAAGCAUGCGUAAGAGAGUUACGCUAUCUAUUACAACAUAAACCAACAAUACAUUCACCAUUCAUAUUCCCUGGAGAUGAUAGUCAACCUAUCGGAUAUUCAACAGAAUCAUUAUCUUCGUCAUCAUACAAUUUGAUGGGAGAAAACACAGCUAAGAAGUGUAAAGUUCAAGUUUCUGACAAAAAAUCAUCUGUUCAAGUAUCAUCAUCUAAGCAGAAAGUACAUGCAAGAAAUACUUUGUCGUCGACAUCAACAUCAUCAACAUCAACAACGUCAUUAUCAUCAAUGAAAUUAGUUCCAGUUUGUAAAGAUCUAGAAAUUCUUCCUUCAAAGCUUAGUUUAAAUCAAUUUACAAGUUACACUGAAAUACCAUUGACAAAAGCAUUAAAAGAUGAAGAGAAUGAAAAGAGACAAUUGGAGAGAAUAAAAGCUAAACAAAAUCCUCUUGUUAGAAAAUCAAAAUUACCAAAAACUGAUAAUCAGAUGAAACGUACAAAAUUAAAAGGACCUAAAGAAUUAUUUGACCAGUUCCAUUCAAUCUAUGCAAAUGUACGUGAAGAAGCAAUCACUCAAGCAUUAGAUAUCAUCAAUCAUGAUUUUGAUAAUAAAACUGAACAACUCUGUCAAAAUAUUUAUUAAUCUCCAAAUCUUGUUUUUUUUCUAAUUAUUAUCAAUGAUGAAUGUCUG